AUGAAAAGUGCUUCUUUACACUUAGGCGAUGAAAACAAGAGAAAAGACAAAAAAGCAGGGGUAGAAAAUCCGAGGAAGACUUGUGCACAGUGCUGCAAAAGCAUCGAAGGAAAGUUUUUACUGAGAGCGUUAGAUCAGUUUUGGCAUGAAGAAUGUUUGAAAUGCUCGUACUGCAGCACACAGCUUACAGAACUAAGCUUCAAGUUUUACUUCAAAGGAGACUUAAUCCUGUGUAAACGAGAUUAUAUCAGGUAAGGAUUCCCAUCUGUGUUAACGUAAUAUUUAACACUGGCAAGAAGCUAUUGUAGGGUUAUCGAUGUUUCCACUCAAUUAAGGUAUGCAAGUACAGUUUGCUGCCCGGGCUGCGUCUAUACCAGAAGGUUUGACGUCACUUAACAUUGGCAUGCUGAGCAUGCUGAGCCAACUAAGCAGAAAGAAUUAAAAAAUUAUUACAAUUACCAGGCUUCAGUAAUCUUUUUUACUUGUUGCUGCCCUUAUCAGAAAAACGAGAUAUCUCACGUUGAACGCUUUAUUGUAAACUUAACGCCCAGUGGUAAAAAAAAUGAAUAGAAUGAGGUAUUAAUCGAAUAUUUUCUCUUUUUUGCAUACUUUUCGUGAAGUCUGGCUGAAUCUUGUUAAAAAGCAAAAUCGAUAUCUAUUAGAUUAGGAGAUUUCUAAGACGGAAAACAGCUCUCAGCAGAAUACGUCAACGGGCGGGAUUAGGAGCUCAAUGUCUGGACAAUGAUUUACACAGACAAAAAAUACUGACAUUGAGGUUUGUACUUCUCAGCUAAGGCAUCUUGUUUUGUAGACGGGAGGAACUUCCAUUUACAAGUAGAAGAUAAAGAGCAAAAAUUUCUUUAGUUUAUUGUCUCUUAAUUUUUUGCCAAUUGUAUAUAGAGAAUACCGCACGUUUGGAUAAACCUGGAAGGCACUUUUUAAAACUUAAUUUAAGACCGCGGAAACGUCUUUUUGCAAUUUCUCCGCAUCAUCCUCGCACUAGAUCUCUCACUACUAAAACAUUUCUUUUUAAAAUACGUUUUAAUUUACCAUAUUUGCAUUAACCGAAAGUUUUUAUCGUGUCUUGUUCUUUAGUGGCCAGUCACUCCAUAAUUAGUUGUAACUUGUUUCUUUGUUGCCUGUUAGUUUGCAAAAUUAAAGCACUUACCUGAAUUUUCAGAUGUUGAUCUAGCGCCAUUCACAUAACGCCAAAGGGUGUAGCAAUGUUCAUGAAUGUUAAUACUUUAAGAAGGCUGUUGUUGUUAUAAAUAUAGUUAAUUGAAGUGGAAUGGUUGGGAAACUCUUUCUUAUAGGUUUUUGUUAGCUUUUUUGGACCUGACCGUGCACAACGUUCAAUAGCAUUCCUAUCAUUUUGAACUUACUGACCAAUAGAAACAUUGCAUUAAUUUAUUCAGUCACUUUGUGAACAAAACUAAAGGAUUGUGCACGAACAGGGAACUUCCGAAAUAACCUACAGCACCAUUGUUUUCAACUUUGAUGUUUGCAGGGUUUCCUAACCAGUCUCCUCUGCUAAGUAUGUAUUAAAUAAGAUUUUUGUCCUUCCUACAGGCUAUUUGGUGCUACUGGGAUUUGCUCUCAAUGUUUUAAACAAAUACCACCGCUGGAUAUGGUAAUGCGGGCUCGUGAGCAUAUCUACCACCUGGACUGCUUUGCUUGUCAAGUUUGCCACUACAGGUUCUGCGUGGGUGACAAGUUUUACCUCCAUUAUAACUCGGUUCUCUGUGAAGAUCAUUACUACGACACCAAUAAUCAUUUCUACCGAACACCUUUCUUCACGUGA